GAUGCGGCCAUGCCAUUUGAAUUGUGAUGUAUCUGAGCAGAUGAAUGACUGAAAACUGGUCGAAUUGCUACCGCUGCCACGCAUUCAGAAUAUUCUGUUAUGAUGUAGGAAUCUUUGACUCAUGCUGCUUUUGUGAAUUGUGCACCUCCUGUUCUUUUUCAUGCCUUAGUAUUCCCAGUAUUGGUUGCUCAAUGCUCAUGAGUGUCUACUCUUUCAUCUGCACAGUAGAAGUUCUUAAGUUGUCUUUAUCUAUUGAGCUAAACUAACCGCAGAAUCAAUAACUGUUGAUUGCAUUUACUUGUGAACACACACACACACACACACACACACAAUGGCGGCCAGUACACGUUUUUGAUAACUUGCAACCUUCCUCUAUCGCCUCACGCAUCGGUCUCGAUCUUCGGGAAGUGUGCCUCAUUGCAGCUUGGCCCCUAGACAAAUGGUCUCACUAACAUGGGCCCAGGCAUUCCGGAUCAUGCUAUGUAUUGACAGAUUGGUGUAUUAGUUACUGUAAUUUGCAUAUCUUCUCAACAUGAGCAUUCUAGAAAAGAAAAAUUGACACUGUUAUGACUUCGCAAGUUGUCUGUUUUAACGAGAAGAAAAGCUCUUUCAAAUUAGUGAUUUUUACGCUAACAACGUCAGGCUAUGUAUGCAUUUACUGAUCACUAAUUCUAACGGCUAACUUUCUACAUUUUAUGCUUGCAAUUGCAAUGUUGGAGCAGAAAUUUUAUGCGUUUCCACACUAUUGGAGAAUGUAUCCCUUUUAAAUCAAAGUGGCCUUGAACAUGGUAGUCCACUAACAACGAGAGGAUUAUAUUCAAAUGGAGCAGCUACUGACAUGAAUGGGUGGACAUCAGCAUUUCAAUCAGAAAGUUCACCAGCUUAUAGCUGGCUUGGAGGUUCUGAAGGCAGCUCCUCUGGACUGAUUGUCAAGAAAACAAUGAAGGUUGAUAUCCCAGUCGACAAAUAUCCAACAUACAAUUUUGUUGGUCGCAUCCUUGGUCCUAGAGGGAAUUCCUUGAAGCGAGUGGAGGCAACUACAGACUGCCGUGUGCUAAUAAGAGGACGGGGCAGCAUCAAAGAUCCAGCUCGGGAGGAAAUGAUGCGAGGGAAGCCAGGAUAUGAACAUCUGAAUGAACCCCUUCAUAUAUUGGUUGAGGCCAAGCUGCCUGUUGAAAUUAUUGAUGCUCGCCUGAUUCAAGCCUGUGAGAUACUCGAAGAUCUGCUAACACCUGUGGAUGAAUCCCAGGACUUCUUCAAGAAGCAGCAGCUGCGGGAGCUUGCAAUGCUCAAUGGCACCCUCCGUGAGGAAGGCAUGCAAAGAUCUGGUUCGGCAUCCCCUUUCCACCACAGCCUUGGAAUGAAGAGAGCCAAGACAAGGGGGUAAAGAUGCAAGUACUAUGAGGGGAGAACCAAUCAUCUAUUCUGAGACCAAUCCUGAUUCCUGAGUAUGCAUAUGGGGUUGCCUUGCUGGCUAAUGGCCCAAUGCGGUCUCGCACCACCAGCAUCGGGGCGGCCUGUACUUGAUAAAUACAUAUAUCUGGAGUUGUGUUUCCUGCUACUGGGGAGGUUUGGUUAUGGCCACAUAGGGUGUUGUUGAGCUAUAUAUUGGGUUGUGCAGAGUUUUGUAGCGAUGUGUUCUAUGUACUGCUCCUUCGGAGCUAUGAACUGGUGAAUGGGGUUUUGAAAAGAUCUGGGCUUGUAUUUAUCAUUUGAAGACUGAUUUAAGGAUGCCGUUUGGGAUUGAA